UCUGACUGUAUGAUCGGGGAGUUGUUACAAAGGAUGCCACCAGACAGUGGAAAGCCAAUUUGCUAGUAAGAAAUGCGUUGAAAAGCAGCUAGAUGUAUCCGAUUUUUUUGUUCUUAUUUUCAUUGCAUCCAAAUGGUAGGCCUUUUAUUCCCUCCAUUCGUUGCCUGUAGUUAUAUAGACUUUCCUUUUUUCUUUUUCUCUUUUAAAUAUCAUUCGCUUGACUCGAAGGACGACCGCUUGACUCGAAAGAGAGACUGAAAACAUUGCCCGACAUUGACACAUGCUUUCUUUAAAUAACUUCUUCCAAAGUUCUCUUAUGGCGUAUCAAAAUGACAGACUCUAACUUGAGGAACGAAAGCAACUAUGGGAUCUAUUUUGCUGAAGGUUUCAAUGGAUCUGUUCUGGACCAAAUAUUUCCAAACGGCAGCAUCACGACAUGCCCGAACUUCACAAUGGACUCACAGGUUGUCGGGGUUGGGAUCUUUCUCGCCGUUUUUAUUUCGGUGGCAAUUGUUGGCAACAUUUUGGUUAUCCUGUCUGUUGUCUGCAAUAAACAUUUGCAGACUGUCACAAACUUCUUCAUUGUCAACUUAGCCAUUGCAGACCUGCUGUUGAGCAUUAUUGUGCUGCCGUUCUCUGCAUCUCUGGAGGUUCUGGGAUGCUGGGUGUUUGGCCGGGUUUUCUGUAACAUCUGGGCAGCAGUGGAUGUUCUCUGCUGCACCGCAUCCAUCCUCAGCCUCUGCGUCAUUUCCAUUGACCGCUACAUAGGUGUUAAACACUGCCUCAAAUACCCAACUAUUAUGACCGAGAAGAAGGCAGUAGCUGUUUUAAUGCUAGUUUGGGUAUCAUCUACGGUCAUCUCUGUCGGGCCGCUUCUCGGGUGGAAGGAACCGCCGCCUGUGGACGAGAGAAUCUGCAGCAUCACAGAGGAGCCGGGCUACGCGCUCUUCUCCUCUCUCUUCUCGUUCUACCUCCCGCUCAUGGUCAUUCUCAUCAUGUAUUUUCGGGUAUACGUGGUGGCCCGCAGGACUACUAAGAGCCUAGAAGCGGGUGUGAAAAGAGAGAGGAAUAAGUCGAUGGAAGUGGUCCUCCGGAUACACUGUCGCAGCGUACUGGGGGACGCGCGCCCGACCGGCUCAAAAAGCAACAAAAACCACCCCUUCCGAAGUUCGCUGUCAGUGCGGCUGAUGAAGUUCUCCAGGGAGAAAAAGGCUGCUAAAACCCUCGCCAUCGUUGUGGGCAUGUUCAUCUUGUGUUGGCUGCCUUUUUUCUUCUUUCUGCCGAUGGGUGCUUUCUUCCCGGCGCUGAAGCCAUCCGAAACGGUGUUCAAGGUAGUCUUCUGGUUGGGUUACUUCAACAGCUGCAUCAACCCCAUGAUCUACCCCUGCUCCAGCAAAGAGUUCAAGAGGGCCUUCACACGGAUCCUCAGGUGCCAGUGUCACCAAAGAAAGAGAGUCCUGUGUCGCUUCUACGACCAGAGGUGGCGGACGGCUGUCAAGGAAAUACAAGGGAUGAAAGUGGAAGACUGUAAACUCGGCUAUGCUGUGCACGAAUCUUGUGGCAGCUCUUUGUUAAACAAGGGGAAAGGGCGCUCGCUAGGUUUCAAGAGAUGGAGUCUGUUUCCACCGCUGCAAAAAUCUUCCUUCCAGCUCAAAGAGAAAGUAAACAAUCUGUCAAAUAAAAUGAAGGGAGGGACAGGAAAAGGAACCACAGCUGCAGUGGGUCGGAUUGAUAUAGUAGACACGGUCUCAAUGGGGAUUUACAACUCUUGUGAGCAGAGCAGCUAUCAGUUCUAUGAUCUAGCAGACUGCUAUGGCCUGAAAGAGACUGACAUUUAGAGGACCACUAGAGAAUCCUUUAUCUAUUUUUCAAUUGGCCACAUCGGACCAACAUGCAUGACAGACCGUGAUUGGACAUCAUUUUGAGUAACAGCUGAGAAUCAAAGCUGUGGACUGAGAGUGAUGGCUUGAUCCCAGCACAAAUGGGACCAAAACUUUAUCUUAAUCCCUCAUGUUGUUUUUUAGAUGAAAACGUCUAGUGAGCUGCUUAAAGACAUUUUUGGGAAGAAGACACAGAAGUAGUCAACUUCUUGGACUUACUUUGACUGCUGUCACUUGGAAACGUUGACAUUACACAGCACACAGUUCCCAGGUGUACUCAUUUUCGACAAGACGUUUAACAUGAGCCUGAUUAUUACUGCCUAUUUCUUUAAAUUUGUAUAUCAGACAGUCUCCAUGUCUUCAACUAUUUGCCAGCAGACACUAUGUGAUGACUGCAUUGUUUGAUAUUGAUAUUCAGCUGAUUUUAAACAAAAAAUAACAUACAACUGAAAAGGAUGGAAACCAUCCAUCCAUCGUUAUCCGGGGUCGGGUCGCGGGGACAGCAGCUCAAGUAAGGAACCCCAACCUUCCCUUCUCCGGGCCACACCAGCUC